AUGGACCCGAAGAUCUACGCAAUCCACAAAAGGCUUAAGGAACAGGCUGGGCAGCGUUUUGAGCCCACGUCUCCCAGAACCCACAAAGGUCCCAAUGGCAUAACCAUCCCCUUGAUCAGGCCGCCUGAGAACUGCGAGAAUCGCAAGCGCCAUGUGGUCAAGUACGAUCACCUUCCAACAUCGACAUCAAUUCGUGUGCUUCAGGACUUGGACGACGAUCCGGUUUACGAUGCACUCUCUUAUACCUGGAGUUGCCCAGUCACCGUCUAUUCCGAUCAAAGCGAGGUCUCGUCAGCCACCGCCUGGGCUGCACCGUCUUUUGACAUCAUCUGCGAUGGGGAGCCCUUUUCAGUUACUGCGAACCUAUACGCGGCCAUUCUAUCUCUGCGCUUGCGAGCUUCCAAGACAGGUCAUCGAUAUUGCCGAACGUUAGCAGGAAUGGAGGGCUCCAACAUGACGGAGAUCGCGUCCCCAACGCUAUAUAUCUGGAUUGACCAGAUCUGCAUCAAUCAGUCGGACGUCAAGGAGCGGAACUCUCAGGUCAUGCUCAUGGGCCGGAUCUAUAAGCAAUCGCGGCUCUGUUUAGUCUGGCUUGGCGGCGACGAUCAAUUUUCCCAAACUGCCAUUGACACAAUGACAAAGCUACUGAAUACCGAGGACGAGAUGUUUUCGAAACUUGCGGCCCUGAAUAUCUUUCAAGCAAAGAAUUACAGGGAUUUAGGCAUGGAGCUAAUCGAGCCUUGGGAGUGGAUCGCUCUCUACACCUUUUUGAGUCGCUCCUGGUUUUGGCGCUCGUGGGUUGUACAGGAAGCUGCCCUCUCUCGGCAGUUGUCAUUUUGUUGUGGGAUAACAACCUUCACUCUUGACCAUCUGAGUUACCUUAUGGACCUGCUUAUCGAAGCCAAGUGCCUGAGCUCCAUGACAGGCCUUGCUCAGGCGCUUCAGGGACACUCCAACAGUUUUACCGAACAGGCGAGGAUGAUGAAGGCACAGGAUCCAGGAGCCCGACUUUACCAGCCAAACUCAGAUGACCUGCCGAAUCAGUCAAUGUUGAAACAUCUCUCCGGGAUGAGGACAAAUGUUUUCGGGUUCCAUAGCUCUAUUCAUUCCCCCAAAACGCUUUGGAAGUCAGAUAAACAUGGCUUGAGCCAUGUUAUGGGCCCAUUCAAGAGCAUGAGGGCGACAGAUCCAAGAGACAAGGUAUAUGCGUUUCUCGGUCUGGCUGAAGAGCUAGGUCAGGUCGGAACGCUGCAACCAGCCUACGAGAAGCCCAUCGCUGAAGCUUUCCGAGAUGCAAUGCAGUUUAUGCUUCACUCGAGCAACAGCUUAAACGAUCUCGCCUUGAAAGAAGACCCCCAGCGAACCAAGACUCCUGGUCUCGAAUCUUGGGUUCCGGAUUUCACCAGUGACGGCCUGGUCUCGCCAAGGGUCCAUCCAGUAUUAAGUCUGUGGUCUAAAAGGGAACAUUCUGGCACUUCACACUUCAAGUUUCGUUCUGAUGGAGUUCUUGAGGUCCGAGGAUUGCGCAUUGGGACAGCUUGCGCGGUCCAUGAACUCACUGGUCUCCUCGGCCCAGGCGCUGACAAUGGCCCAAACUCACUUAUGAGUCUUUUGCAAACACUUCCGGAGGAGUCAAGUGUGUGGGUUCCGCCCUUGACGCCUUCUCUGAGGUCGUACCUUGAGACCAACGAUUUAGUUCCGAAUGAGGAGAUAUAUGGGCAGGUUACCAUUCAAAACGGGGGAGCAGUAGUCAUCCAGUCCCGAUUGGAGGUUUUCUGGAGGACACUGCUAACAAGCCGGCUUGGAAAAGAGUUUCCACCAUGUAAAAACACAGUCGACCUACUUUUACGAUUCUGGGACAGGGAACUCCACCUGCGAAUGUUGAUUGCUGGCCUUUUCUCUGAUCCCGCUGCAUCAAGUAAGCAGAAAAAUGGCAUGUUUAGCCAAUUCGGAGGGGAUUCCCCCAACUGGGAUAUGCUCAAGUCAUCGAUCAGCGCCAUGUACCGUGCCCAAAAGAUUCUGAAAGAUCAGCUGAGUGACGAUGUUCAAGAUGACCUGUUUCCUGAGGAAAUGAGUGCCAUCUUACCGGAACUCGACGCUGCUUGGAGAGAAGGUAGAAGGAGUGAUGAAGGAAUGGCAAUGGCGCAAGUGGCUAUGAAAGAGCUGUCGAGACCCUUUUCGGCAGAGGCUCUUGAAUUUCAGAGAGAAGUCGAGAUCAACUGUUCAGGAAAACACCUUUUUACAACACAGGAGGGGCAGCUUGGGGUUGUCCCGAAGUCGACACGAGUGGUUGAUGAAGUUUGGAAUUUGGCCGGGGCAGACGCACCGUUCGUGCUACGGCCUCGAGGGGAUGGGAGGUAUACUUUGCUUGGUGGAGCUUAUGUCCACGGAGCAAUGUUUACGGAGUGGCAUGAGGGAGAUGUCGAUUCUAUCGCCAAGGACAUCAAGACUAUUUUAAUUGUGUGA